AUGGAUCCCUUCUCCGUGUCCGAACAUGGAAUGUCAGGAUCAGGAGCACACACUGGCUCAGGAUCCAGUCCCAGCCCAGACCUUUUGCAUGAUGAGCAUCUUCAACAGCUGCACCAGUCUAUACAGCAGCAGCAACAGCAGUUGCACCAACAGUUGACUUCAGGGAACAGCACCAUCAAUGAUCUUAUCGGAAUGCUGCCACAAACUGCUGCACUCAGCGCCUUAGUUUCAAAGUCAUCAUCAUCGUCAGUGGCUGAUCUUUCACUAAGUCAUGAUGCAUCUCAUGGCAUGUCACCACUUCACCCAAGUUUGUCAGGCUAUAGAUCUGACAGUCACAGUCAUUUGUCCACACCAGCUUCUCCGAUCUAUUCAAGGCAUGCAGCAUCUACGGCCGGACCAUCUCAUCCAUCCCUUUCUCAUCAAAAUUCCUCACAGCCUCAUGAUUCAAGACACAGUGACUCAGGGAUUUCUUCCAUUGCCUAUACUAGACAAGGAGACAGCUAUAUUUGUUCCUUGUGUGGGAAGGUGGUCGUAUCUAAGGCAGCCAUUACAAGACAUAUCCAGUUAACCCAUGAGAAAAAGAAGCCAUUUGAAUGUAAUAUUUGCCACAGGCGAUUUGGCUACAAAAAUAUUUUAUUGGAGCAUCAGAACAUUCACUUUGGAAUCAAGCCGUAUGCCUGUACGAUGUGUGACAAACGCUUUGCAGCUCGCUCCAACCUCUUUCAGCACCGACUGCUUCACAUGAAACCAUUUUGCUGCUAUAUUUGUAACAAACGUUUCGACAGGGACGAGCAGCUUCAGAGGCACCUGAAACUUCACCCUACAACAAAUAUUUUGUCCUGCAGUCAGUGCCCCUUUACUGCCACCAAUGUCGAGGCUCUGAACCAGCACCUUCAGGAGAGCCACAAGCUGCUGACCUAUGACACACGUCGGCACUCUUCAAGUUUUGACAGUGAUAGCGGAGACCCACCUUCUCAGGCUAUCAUGUCAUUGCCUAGUCCAACAUUGACCUCCCCGGACAAGUCCCCAGGACACCAUCUGUCUCUCAACAUGGACUCAGAUGCCAUGCGCAGAAUUGAUUCAAUCUGCUCUCAGUUAGCAUCAAGGGGUCAAGGUCUUCAGGGAAGUGACGGGUUUCAGGUCAAACAGGAGCCUCUCUCGCCGGGGGGCGUUAAAUAUCGUCGGCAGUCAUCUAAUUUUCCCCCAGCUUCUCCAUCUUCACGAGACCACCAUUUUAAUCACGGUUCUCCUACCUCAACCAUCGGCAACUCGUCUUUAGUCAGUGCACCCUCACGUGGAUCAAAUCAGCGGCUUCCACCAUUUUCAGCCACACUGGGACGCUCUUAUUCUAACCCAUCUGAGGCAGAACAAGGCAGUCCACUUUCGGUCAUCGCAGGUCAUAAAGACUUAUCGCAGAUUUCAUACACAGAUUCUCAUGUGAGUAAAUUUCACACUGGAAUGAAUGCUGCCAGAUUUCAGCAGCCCAAUCGCAGGACAAACUCAGUGGGUUCCAUGAGUCCUCUGGGCACUAUCAGGCAAGGUGGCUGCACCUCAGAGCAUGUUCGAUCCAUCGCUGACUCAACCAGCAACCUUUCAGAGUUCUUCUCAACACUUCAAGGCUUAGUUCACAGGUCACAAGAGAUUCCAGAGUUGCAUGUGAAAAUCUCAAGACCAAAGGUGACUAAGGAUGUUGGUACCCAGUACAACAGCACCAGCCUGCAGGGUGAGCUGCCUUCUCUUGAGGAUCUGCUCAUCUACUACGAAUCUCAGGGUCGGCUGUACCGCUGCCAGCACUGCAGAAUCAGCUUUGAGGAGCGGGGCUUGUACUUCUUGCAUAAAUCGUUGCACGGAGAGCUCAGUCCCUGGCAGUGCAGCAUCUGUUUGAAGAUCUGUGCGGACAGAAAUGACUUCCACUUACACUUUGUAAACCAGCAGCAUCGUCCUGAACAGCUGAUGUUCUGA